ACGAGGGAAUUUCUCUAAUUGGCAGAUUAAAAGCGGAUGCUCCAACGACCAACUGGAGCCUAAAUUCGCGAGAGCCUUUGCGAGCAUUACAAAACUCAAGGCGGCCACGGCCACGGCCACGGACCGAGAUGAAGCCGGAGACGGUGACACUUAUUCUCGUCAACCUUGCUGGAGUCAUGGAGAGAGCCGACGAAUCUCUCUUACCUGGUGUCUACAAAGAGGUCGGUGCCGCCUUGCACACCGAUCCUACUGGUCUCGGUUCUUUGACUCUCUUCAGAUCUAUCGUUCAGGCCGCUUGCUAUCCCUUGGCUGCUUAUUUGGCCGUCCGCCAUAACCGAGCUCAUGUGAUUGCUCUCGGCGCUUUCCUUUGGGCCUCCGCUACGUUUCUCGUCGCCUUUUCCUCUACUUUCCUUCAGGUUGCUAUUUCAAGAGGCUUGAAUGGGAUUGGUCUCGCAUUAGUUGCACCUGCCAUCCAGUCCCUUGUAGCAGAUUCAACAGAUGACAGUAACCGUGGUUUGGCUUUUGGAUGGCUUCAAACAACAGGCAACCUAGGCUCCAUUAUUGGUGGGUUGUGUUCAAUUGUGAUAGCUCCAAUAACAUUUAUGGGAAUCCCUGGUUGGAGAAUUGCAUUUCAUCUAGUUGGAUUAAUCAGUGUUAUUGUUGGCAUUCUAGUCCGGUUAUUUGCACAGGAUCCACAUUUUUUAGACGAUGGCAUAAAAAUAGGUAAUGAUGUUCCACCCCAAAGUUCUUUUUGGUCUGAAGUGAAGGUCUUGGCAAGGGAAGCCAAAUCAGUUAUGAAGAUUCCAUCCUUCCAGAUCAUCGUAGCGCAGGGUGUCACAGGUUCAUUUCCCUGGUCAGCCUUGUCAUUUGCAACAAUGUGGUUGGAGCUCAAGGGCUUCUCCCAUCAGAAGACUGCUUUUCUGAUGGGCAUGUUUGUGAUUGGAAACUCUCUUGGAGGUUUGUUUGGAGGUAAAAUGGGAGAUAUCCUCUCCACACGUUUCCCAAACUCCGGAAGGAUUAUUCUGGCCCAGAUCAGCUCAGGGUCAGGCAUCCCUCUAGCUGCAGUUCUUCUGCUCUUCUUGCCUGAUGGGCCCUCUACAGCAGUUAUCCAUGGACUAGUCUUGAUCAUUGUGGGGUUUUUUAUUUCUUGGAAUGCUCCAGCUACAAAUAAUCCUAUUUUUGCAGAGAUAGUUCCUGAGAAAUCUCGGACUAGUGUCUAUGCAUUAGAUCGGUCCUUCGAGUCUAUUUUGUCAUCAUUUGCCCCUCCUGUUGUUGGAAUUCUGGCUCAGCAUGUCUAUGGAUAUAAGCCUGUUCAAAAAGGAUCUAGUGAAUCCGAAGAAAUUGCUACAGAUAGGGAGAAUGCAGCAUCAUUAGCUCGGGCAUUGUACACAGCAAUAGGAAUUCCAUUGGCUCUCUGUUGUUUUAUUUACUCGUUUCUCUACUGCACCUAUCCAAGAGAUAGAGAACGAGCACGAAUGGAAGUUUUAAUUGAAUCAGAGAUGCAGCAAAUAGAAUCUGAAAGGUCACCUUCAGGUGCUGGAUACUCUCAAGUCCAUUUAGCAGGCUCAGACGAUCUAUAUACUACAGAUAGAACAGUUAUCGAUAUGGAUUAUGAGGAUGAUCUAGAUUUUGACGAUGACGAAAAGACGGCCCUUUAUCGUCAGUUAACAUUUUCAAAUUUUGUCAAACAAUAGCCUUCCGAGGGGAUGUACUCUGUUGUCUAGCUCAUCGACUCGCUGGGAGAUCAGAAAAGUGACUCCAUUCCACAAAUUGGACUUCAAACCUUGAUGGUUGGAAAGUAUUAUAACUUUGACCUCUGGAGUUCUCUAAAAUUCAAAACUACAGAUGAAAUAUUCUUUAAAGAAUUACAAUUAGCAGAUAUAUUUCAGUUCAUCUUGUGAUAGAUUGAUAGGACACGCUUUAAGAACAUAUGGUCGGUCGUCUUCUUGCAGAGUUUGUAGAUUGCCGUAUGAACCUCUGCUAUUUUUACAUGUACAUGUUCAACUACAUGUGUACAGUUGAAUCAAACUCGUAUUUUGUUGUAAUAGGAACCAUUCUUAUUCUGUUUCAUAGUUACAAGGAGUCUAUAACAUUUGUUGUGUACUACAAAUUCUUAUUUAUACAAUAUGCUAAGAUAAGUAAAUAGUAACCCUGUCUUCCAAGCC